GUGUGAACCUGACUAUGGCGCGAUGGAUGCUGGUUGUAGCGACGGCCAUGGCCAUGGCGACCAUGGUGCAAGGAGACAGAGGAACUACUCUCCUGGCUCACCGACAUGCCUUCACUCCUCUCAGCAGGAGCGGGCAGAUCCGCAGGAGAAACAUGUGCGCGGUCGCUAUCCCUGGUGACUCAGUUGGGGAGGAAGUAUUCGUUAGAGGCUUCCAGAACUUUCUUACUCUCUACCAGAAUCUCCUGGUUGCCAGAGUGCUCCUUUCCUGGUUCCCUUCCGCGCAGUCCAUUGGAGCUCUCCAGCCCCUCUACAACGUCUGUGAUCCCUAUCUCAACACUUUUCGUGGAAUCAUUCCGCCGAUCGGCGGCAUUGAUCUCUCUCCCAUCCUCGCUUUCACCCUUCUCCAAGUGUCAGCCGGUGCCAUGGUUUCCCUGGGCGCGGAGACCCCGCGGAGGGGAUACGAGGGAUGGGCGAGAGUCCCCGAGCAGAAGGUCGGCAUCUGCGAAGCAUUUGUCAAGAGGAGGUUCAACUUGUGAGUGAAUGAAUCAAGAUCUUGGUCGAUUG